GGCUCCGAGGCUGCUCCUUUCGGCAGCUAGGCGGGCCGCAGGGCGGAGCGACGGGAUCUUGCGAGAUUCUCGCGCGGUGGGUGCUGAGGGUCCAGCAUGGCGGACUCGGGGCGGCUGUUCAAGCGGGGUUCCUGCCGCGCCUCUUGGCUGCGGGCCCGAAAGGCCCGGCCCCAGCUCAUCCUAAGCCGCCGACCCCGCCGCCGGCUGUGGACCCUGCGUUGGUGCAGUCGGCGGCGCCUACGGAGGCGACUCCUGCAAGCCCAGGCUGCCGGCGUGGACUGGAGGGAGGGAGUCCGCCAGGUGUCCCGCGUGGCGGCGGCCCGGAGACCCAAGACCGCGAUCCCCAGCCCGAUCCCUAGCCCGACCCCGGCCUCCGAACCCGAAUUCGAAUUCGAACCCGCCUCCGGUUGUCCCCGGCUUCUCCCCAUCCCGCCGGCGCGGGCAGUGGGGCCUGGCCGCGCGUUGCUGCUGCUGCCCGUCGAACAGGGUUUUACUUUUAGUGGCAUCUGUCGUGUGACUUGCCUCUAUGGCCAGGUGCAGGUGUUCGGUUUUACCAUCAGCCAAGGCCAGCCUGCCCAAGAUAUCUUCUCUGUGUAUACCCACUCUUGCCUGACUAUCAAUGCGCUUCAUUACUCGAUGCCUGAGAAAAGCAAGAAGGAACUCAAAAGGGAAGCCCGGAUGUUACUCAAAUCUCAUCUUAACCUGGAUGACAGGCGUUGGUCGAUGCAGAAUUUUUCUCCUCUGUGUUCCAUUGUGUUGCUGGAACAUCUGAAAACUACCACUGUGGACUUCAUAAGCAGCUAUCCAGGUGCAUCCUACGUUUUUGUGCAAGAGGGUCCAUCUCCCCAGAUGAAUCCUGAACAUUUAGCCUUGAGGUCUGUUGGCAUCAGAAAAGAGAAAAAAAGGAAAGGCCUUCAGUUAACGGAGAGUACCCUGUCAGCCCUGGAAGAGGUAGUCAGUGUUUCCUGUGAAGAAGUAGAUGGCUGCCCCGUCAUUCUGGUUUGUGGAUCCCAGGAUGUCGGAAAGUCAACAUUUAAUAGAUACCUGAUUAACCAGUUGUUAAAUAGUCUUCCCUGCGUUGACUAUUUGGAAUGUGAUCUGGGACAGACAGAAUUUACCCCUCCUGGUUGCAUUUCUUUACUUAAUAUUACAGAACCAGUUCUGGGACCACCUUUCACUCACCUGAGGACACCACAGAAGAUGGUAUAUUAUGGGAAACCUUCUUGUAAAAACAACUAUGAGAAUUAUAUUGAUGUAAUAAAAUAUGUGUUCAGCGCUUACAAGAGAGAGUCCCCUCUCAUCAUCAACACUAUGGGAUGGGUUUCAGACCAGGGGCUCCUGCUCCUCAUUGAUCUGAUCCGACUGCUGUCUCCCAGCCACGUGGUUCAGUUCCGCUCUGACCACAGUAAAUGUAUGCCAGACCUUACCCCGCAGUAUGUAGAUGACAUGGAUGGCUUGUACACAAAAAGCAAGACCAAGAUGAGAAAUCGAGGUUUCAGACUUGUGGAAUUUGCAGACGCUUUGGAAUUUGCUGAUGAAGAAAAAGAGAUUCCAGUUGAGUUCACUGGACAUAAACUGAUACCUGUGUAUACAGAUUUUGCAUUCAGAAUAACCCCAAGAAAUAGAGAAUUACAUAACAAAAUUCUUCGAGAGCUGUCUGUCUUGAGUUACCUUAGCCAGCUGCAGCCCCCGAUGCCAAAACCACUUACUCCUUUACAUAGCCUGACACCCUAUCAGGUCCCUUUUAAUGCAGUUGCACUCCGGAUUACCCACUCUGAUGUCGCCCCUACCCAUAUACUGUAUGCUGUGAAUGCCAGCUGGGUUGGUCUUUGCAAGAUCCAGGAUGACGUCAGAGGAUACACGAAUGGGCCCAUCCUGCUUGCCCAGACUCCAAUCUGUGACUGCUUGGGGUUUGGCAUCUGUAGAGGCAUUGACAUGGAGAAGCGGCUGUACCACAUCCUCACCCCUGUGCCCCCAGAAGAGCUAAAGACUGUGAAUUGUCUGCUCGUUGGUGCUAUCGCCAUUCCACACUGUGUCCUGAAGUGCCAGCGUGGGGUCGAAGGGAUAGUACCUUAUGUCACAACGGAUUACAAUUUUAAACUUCCUGGAGCAUCAGAGAAAAUUGGAGCCAGAGAACCUGAGGAGGCACAUAAAGAGAAACCAUACCGAAGACCCAAGUUCUACCGAAAAAUGAAGUGAUGCUCGUGUUUUUGCUAAGGGAAGAAACGUUCCUACCAGAAAGCCUUGUCUCAGGCCUGACCACAAGAGGCAUGAUGGAGUUUCAUGGCCAUGAAUGGCAUCCGUAUUAGCAACAGUGUUUUCUGUGUAAUUCGUGAAUGUCGUAUGGUAGUCUUAAGUUUCUCUUUUAAAGCUGCAUGAGCUAGAAUUUGCUCUGGUCUUCUGUGAGCUACUCAUACUUGUCUGGUGUGCUUUCCAGAGGGAGUAAAAUGGCAGGAAACCGUUUAUGUGCCAUUAAAACAGAGAUUCCUCAGAAA